AUGGAGGUCGCUCGCACCUCCAUGAUCCAUGCGGCUACUCCCCAUUUUCUGUGGCCGUUUGCGGUCCGGUACGCUGCGCAUCAGCUCAACCUCUGGCCCCUUUUACCACCCCACCACGCGUCGUGUUCUGUCCUUCAGGAUGUCACGUUUGACGAGUCGGUUCCCUUUUACCAUCUCUUCCCCUACCGCACUGCCCCCCUCCCCCGCCGCUCUUCCUCGCUCCAGCCUUUCGAGGUCACUUCCGACACCUCUGGCCCAGCUGAGGGGGGUGACGUUGCUGCUGACGACGCGGCGGCCCCCAACCGCUCACCACGCUUGGAGACCCCUCCGGGUUUUCCACCUCGACCGUCUUCGCCGCCUCUGCAGCCGGUUGCUGUGGACUUUGAUGCUGCUAGGGGUGGUGCUGAGCCUAGGGGUGCUGAGUCUGGGGGUGCUGAGCGUGAGGGUGCGGAGCCUGGGGGUGCUGGGCCUGGGGGUGCUGAGUCUGGGGGUGCUGAGCCUGGGGGUGCUGAGCCUGAGGGUGGGGAGCCUGGGGGUGCUGAGACUAGGGGUGCUGAGUCUGAGGGUAGCCGGCGGGAGCCGGUCUCACCACAGCAGCUGCGCGAGUGGUUUGCUCGGCACACCGCCUUCGGAGUGGCGCUGCUGGAGCUGGAGGCACUGACGCUGGAGGCACUGGAGCUGGAGGCGCUGGAGCUGGAGGCGCUGGAGCUGGAGGCUCUGGAGCUGGAGAUGCUGGAGCUGGAGGCGCUGGAGGUGGAGGCACUGGAGUUGGAGGCACUAGAGCUGGAGGUGCUGGAGCUGGAGGCGCUAGAGCUGGAGGCGCUGGCGCUGGAGGCCCUGGAGCUCGAGCCUCCCUUACAGAGCAUCGUGAGCCUGCGUCUCGUCCUGUCACACCUGCUCGCACUGGUCGUCGUGUGCCUCGUCCGCGUCCUCCCCCUGUGCCAGGUACUCACACUAUGGCACUUCGUCCUUCCUCUGUUCCACAGCGUGUCCCUCUGCCAUCUCCUCCUGCGUCCUCUCUUCCUGACGUUCCGGACUCUUGAGUCUGACUUGGUUCGUGCUGCCAGCCCUACUGUCACGCGUCUCCUGGCCACUGUUGUCACUGACCCUUCGUUUGAGUCCACUGCUGCGUCUGCCUUAGUUGUUGAGCUUGUUGACUUUGCUGCUGCGUGUCGUCUAGACUACGCCACUAGUCUUGUUGCUGAUUCUGAGUCUGUCUGUCCUCCGUCCGUCGAGGGUGAGUGUGCUCUUGGCACGAACGUCCUUGAGGACAGGCAGGAGGACUUUGAGUCUCUUGCGGCUGCUGUACCUCAUCUCGUGGCCAUGCUGCUUGCACCUGAGGGAGACCCGGAUGCACUGGACAUCCCAACCCCGCGCUCUUAUGCAGAGGCGAUUACAAGUCCCUACUCCUCUCAGUGGCAGACAGCCAUGGACGCAGAGAUGGCAUCAUGGAAGUCCACAGGCACUUACGUCGACGCAGUUCCCCCUCCUAGGGCGAACAUAGUCGAUGGCAUGUGGAUUUUCAGGGUGAAACGGCCGCCGGGUUCUCCGACUGUCUUCAAGGCUCGUUACGUUGCACGAGGCUUUAGUCAGCGACAAGGAGUUGACUUCUUCCAGACCUUCUCCCCUACCCCGAAGAUGACCACUCUUCGGGUACUGCUGCACGUUGCCGCUCGGCGUGACUACGAGCUUCACUCUCUUGACUUCAGCACAGCGUUCUUGCAGGGCAGCCUGCACGAGGAGAUCUGGCUGCGCCGCCCACCUGGCUUCACUGAGUCGUUUCCUCUUGGUACCUGGUGA